AAACAUGUCACGUCACUGUCACUGUCACAUCAAUCAGCUCAGCUGUUUUGUUUUACUUUUACUUUUACUAAUUAAUUAUUAACUAAUAAUAAUAAGUAUUGAGGUAAUAAUGUGACACAUAGUAGUUAUAACUGAAAUUAAGAAACAAAGAAAAGCCAUUGCUUGGGACUUCCAGCUACCUGCAGAUGGUGCCAGAUGAUUUAAAAUGACAAGUGAUGUCAUAGGCCGUAAUUGGAACUGGACCAGCCUCUGUGGUCCCGAAGGGUUCCAAAUAUGGUCACAGCAAAGACACGAUUUUGGCCAGUGCUUCCAGCAACUAUGUUUCCAGAUCCCUGUACUUUCCCUUUUUGCAGUACUAUCUUCAUAUUACUUUGGGCGUCAAACUGGUUUUGUUUCUCGAGGAAAGCUUCAAAGAUACUGUAUCAUAACCAGAAAUGUAGUAAGUCUCCUACUGAUGUUCUAUCCAAUAAUGCACGCAUACAAUACUAUUAUGACGAAAACUCCGAACAAAGAAAACGCCUCCUUUCUGGUUUGCGCAGUCCAAGCCAUUUCUUGGUGUUCCCAUUUCCUCUACACUGUAGGACUAAGAUCGAGGUUAGGUAAAAGUCAAAGAGGUCCUACUGCAAUGGGUAUCGUCUGGUGUAUGGUUUUCGCGAUGACCAUCGUAUCGUUGAGAAGUGCCUACUUGGAAAAUUCGCAAAGACCAACAGAGAAUACCAAAAUGGAGCUAGGUAUUACUUUGUAUUACACCGUCUUGCAGAUCAUUUAUGCCCUUAGUUUGAUACCAGGCGGUAGCACCACCACAUUAAAUUUUCCUGAGAGGUAUACAGAGAUCACAGAGCGCCAGCCCUUGAUAAACGCCAAUGCCUACGGCAGAUUCAGUGAAGAGGGAGAUCCAAACGAUCUGGGGGUUGCUAUGGAAGACACUAACUGGUUGUCCCGUUUAUCGUUUUCCUGGGUAAAGUCUCUAGUAAACAAAGGAGUUGAAGAUAAAAUAGUUACAUCUGACGAUUUGUACGAUCUACCGGACUCAAUAAGUAGCGACAACAAUAGUAAUAGACUAGAAAAUUACCUGAGGAUUGAACACGAUACGGAUUCUUCCCGAGAAGUAAUAGUUAUUCAGCCACGCAAAAGUUCUAGUUUGUUAGCGGCGCUUCAUAGAUGCUACGCCUGGCAAUUCUACAGCGUUGGUAUCUUGAGGUUGGUAGCGGAUUGUAGUAAUUUUGCUGGACCAAUUUUGUUGAACAAAUUAGUAGACUUUAUAGAAAAGAGAUCUAUAGAUAUCAAAUGGGGCUAUCUGUAUGCUGUGCUGUUGGUGGUUAGCACUUCUAUGUCUGCUCUCUGUGAUUCCCACUUUAAUUUCAAGAUGUCUGUGAUCGGUCUCAAAAUGAGGGGAGCUAUAAUCAAUACUAUAUACAGGAAAACUUUAUCAGUGAGAUCUACGGUUUUAAUGUCUAAAUUAUCUGUGGGGGAGAUAAUGAACUACAUGUCUACAGAUACAGACCGGAUUGUUAAUUCUUGUCCAAGUUUCCACGCAGUAUGGAGUAUACCAUUCCAGCUAUUUGUAUCCCUUUACCUUCUGUACAACCAAGUGGGCUUGGCGUUUUUAGCUGGUGUCCUGUUCAGCAUAAUCCUCAUUCCCAUAAAUAAAUGCAUAGCGAACAAAAUCGGCGAUCUUAGUACCAAGAUGAUGGAACAAAAGGACGGCAGAGUGAAGUUGACUUCCGAAAUACUCAGGGGCAUCAAGGCAAUCAAAUUGUACGUUUGGGAACAACACUUUAUAAGACUUAUUACUAGGCAAAGGGACGCCGAACUGAAGUACCUGAAAGGUCGUAAAUACCUAGACGCCCUCUGCGUAUAUUUCUGGGCUACUACUCCAGUGGUCAUCUCCAUUUUGACGUUCGUUACUUACGUUCUGAUGGGAAACAAAUUGACAGCUGCCACUGUGUUUACAAGCAUAGCCCUUCUGAACAUGCUGGUGAGCCCUCUUAACGCUUUUCCUUGGGUACUGAAUGGUUUGACUGAAGCCUGGGUGUCGUUGAAGAGGAUUCAGAAGUUACUAGAUCUUCCAUAUAUGAACCUAAAUGAAAUCUACGACCACAAGGAACUAGAAGAUAACACAGACCAAAAUACAGAAAUAUCCAUCUCCAAUGCCAGUUUCAGCUGGGAGAAAGCCACUCCCGUUGUACAAGUGCCUAAAGGAAAAGGGAAAGGAAAAAGAACGUUAUCCAAAAGGGGACAAGGCGAAAGCAGUGUCCAAAGAAGAGAAACCAUUAUUUUCAAGCUCAGAGAUAUAACUUUGAAGAUAAAGAAAGGUGAAUUUAUUGGCAUUAUGGGUACAGUUGGUUGUGGUAAAUCUACCCUGCUUUCCUCAAUAUUAGGUGAACUCGCUGUAGAAUCCGGCAGUCUUGCUGUACGUCAAGUAGAAACAGGCUUUGGACUUGUAACACAACAACCAUGGUUACAGAGAGGAACAGUUAGGGACAACAUUUUGUUCGGAAAACCGUACGAAGAGAAGAAAUACAAAGAUAUCAUAUUUGCUUGUGGCCUGAUCGAAGAUAUGCAGAUCUUACCAUCAGGAGACAAAACAGAAGUAGGAGAUAGCGGUGGUACUCUUUCCGGGGGUCAAAAGGCUAGAAUAGCCCUAGCUAGAGCGAUCUACCAAGAGAAGCAGGUAUAUCUUUUGGACGAUAUUCUAUCAGCAGUUGACGUCAAAGUAGGCAAACACAUUUUCAAUCAUUGCAUCAUUGGACUUCUCCAAGGAAAAACUAGACUACUAUGCACCCACCACGUAAAAUAUCUGCUGCACGCGGAUAGGAUUUUGUUGUUAGAAAACGGAGCUAUCAAGUCAAUUGGCAAACCUGUCGAUGUACUCCGCAACAUAGACGACACUUUACCCGUAGAUUUAGAACUGGAGGAUAGUAUUCAAUCUGAAUAUACAUCGUCUGAGUGCACUCUAGAGAAUAGUUUGUGCGUGGACAACGCCCAAGAAAAGGAUAAGGAUAUCGAACUGUUCAAAGAAGUCAGCGAACGGGGUAAUCUAGAUUUUACUGUGAUAAUUUCUUACUGGAAAGGCAUCAGCCACUUUGUCAGCAUUUCAAUACUGAUUUCGAUGACUUUAAUGCAAGUGUCACGGAAUUUCACUGACUGGUGGUUAGCCAAUGGUGUAACCAGCCCCGUUACCAAUUCUACCAACUUAACAGUAUACUUAGCGACGGCGACUGACUAUAUCGAUUACGUAGAAGACGAUGAUAACAUGUCAGAGUUUUUAAAAGUAUACGUCGAGUUGGCGUGUGUCAAUACGCUAUUCACGCUAAUAAGAUCGUUUAUAUUUGCUUAUGGUGGAAUUCUGGCAGCUACAAAGUUUCAUAAGGUGUUAUUGAAGACCGUGUUACGAGCUAGAUGUACAUUUUUCGAUGUAACACCAAUAGGAAGAAUCAUUAAUAGGUUUUCUAGCGAUACCUACACUGUUGAUGAUUCGUUGCCGUUUAUUCUUAAUAUAUUUCUUGCGCAGUUAUUCGGAUUACUAGGUUCUCUUUUUAUAACGAUGUACGGUUUGCCUUGGAUAUGUGUCUUCCUCAUUCCGUUAGUACCCAUAUAUACAUAUUUAUUAAAUCAGUACAGGAUAACGUCAAGGGAACUAAAAAGGAUAUCUAGUGUAACGCUUUCUCCCAUAUAUAACCAUUUUAAUGAAACUUUGCAAGGGUUGACUACAAUUAGAGCGAUGAGAGUGAUCCACAAAUUCAAACACGACAACAAUCAACAUCUAGAAGCUAAUCUGAAAGCUCAAUUCGCCAGUCAAGCGGCAGCUCGAUGGCUUGGUCUUAGAUUACAGUUUAUAGGAGUGAUCAUAAUUACAGGUGUUAGUUUUAUUGCCGUCAUUCAGCAUCAGUAUGAUAUCGCGGAUCCAGGUUUUAUCGGAUUGGCCAUUUCGUACGCUCUGGGAAUCACUGGAUCACUCAGCGGCGUCGUCAACUCGUUCACGGAGACAGAGAGGGAAAUGGUGGCCGUCGAACGCAUCAACCAAUACGUAGAAUCCAUUCCAAUGGAAAGUAAAUAUUUUGUUAUGGAUCCUCCAUUCGCUUGGCCCAGUCAAGGUGUUAUCUCUUUUGAACAUGUCACCUUACAUUAUAGGAAACAUUUGCCACCAUCACUGAUGAAUCUAUCGUUCGAUACCAGGCCGUACGAGAAACUUGGGGUUGUUGGUAGAACUGGCGCUGGAAAGAGCUCCAUCAUUUCUGUAUUGUUUAAUUUAGUAGAUAUAACUGCAGGAGUGAUCACUAUCGACGCAGUGGAUAUCAAGAAAAUAUCGCUUGCAACAUUAAGAUCUAGGAUGUUCUGCAUACCGCAAGAUCCUUUCCUGUUCAGCGGGACUUUAAAAGAAAACCUGGAUCCUCUGGAAGAGUUCAAGGACGACGAAAUAUGGAACGCUCUGGGAAGAGUAAACUUGACUGAUGUUAUUAAUUCCUUGGGAGGACUAGAUUACAAGAUUGACGGAAGUGGUUCGAAUUUUUCCGUCGGUCAAAAACAAUUGGUUUGUUUAGCCAGGGCUGUUCUUCACAAUGCUAAAAUACUGUGCAUUGACGAAGCAACAGCAAACGUUGACGAAGAGACUGAUAGACUUAUUCAAAACACUAUACGUACCGCUUUCCGUAGUAGUACAGUCAUAACCAUCGCUCAUAGGAUACAGACCAUCUUCGACUCGGAUCGGGUGUUGGUGAUGCAUCAAGGAGAAGUGGUGGAAUUCGACAAACCCGACGUACUGAUGGCUGAUUCUAGCACUUAUUUUUAUAGGCUAGUGCAAGAAGCUUGAUUUUUAAUGUUAUUAUUAUAUAGAUAAUUAUCUAGUUUAAUAAAUUUUAUAUUUAUUUUAAUACUU